AUGGGAAAAGCACUUAAGACCACACGUUUCAGGAACGUUAAAAUUAAGGUGGUGAGGAGGACUAUCGCUGGCCCUGCAAAGGUUUCUUACCUUAGUCAAGGUCUUCCCCAGCCCAACUACAAACAGACCCACCCUAUUACAUCUCAACAGGCUGAACUUGAUGAUACGACACCAAGCUGUUCUGAGAGUGCAUACAGUAAGGCAAAGAAGAGAGAGCUUCAUGCCUGGGAUGCAGUCAAGGAUGACAUGCUUAAGAAUGUCUACUAUGAGCCAUCCUCCCUGGGGUUAUUCCUGUUUUUACCUGAAGGCCAUGACACCCAUGCUGUGUACACAAAGGUCAUGAAGGUCAUUGUCAGCACAGGACGGCUCUGCACCGUGACAGUCAACAUGUGUGCGUGUGAACCAGAAACCUGCACUUUGCUAAGGUAUGGGCUUUGGCCAGCAACAGCCGAAAAGCCCCAGACAGCCUUCUCCAUCCCUCUGCUGGAGCUUUUUGUGUGUCUGUCACUGGAGUGUCAGGUUUCUGUGGAGGGAUUUUGCAACACCCUGCGCUGGAAAAAUAACCUCACACUUGCAGAGGUUAACACACUCUACAGAGCCCUGGUGGGAGAAUCCAUAUCCCAUUUUAGGCAUCACCACUUCCGACAAAGAAGUUUGGUCGAUAUUUGCCCACAAUUAGAUGAUGGAACCAUAUGCCCAGCAUGUCCAAAGGCGGAUGGAGAUAUGAUUGUCACAUUGGAUGCCAACUUUGGCCUUGUGAGGAAGCAAAGCUCAGGUACAAGUGUGGUUGAGCCAUUACAUGGAACCCGCAUGUUUGUUGAUGAAAAGGAUGUAGAGGAAUACCUGCUAUCACAUCUUGACAGCUCAAAACCUCACGAGGACUGCAGUAACUUCAAGGCUGGCAAUGUGCUGAGGUCACAAAAACAAGCAAAGAAGCUUGAUGUUACAGGAGUGUUUGGAGCCUCUUGUCGUCAUGAAAUGCCCCUAAUGUUUGUCAACAUGAGCCAAGGAGAACGGCAAGUCUAUGCCACAGUAGUGACUGACAUCUCUUGA